CAUUUCUAUUGCUUCACCUUUGUUCUUUGUUUGUUCACCCAGUUUAUAAUUACUUUUAAACAACCAUUUAGUUGUUACUGUCUCACGAAUACACAAGUUCAAAUAUCGGUUUUAUAUCAUAAACGACCAAACGCUGCGACGUGAGGACGAUAAGAGAAAAAAUUCCUAAAGAUAAGUACGGAUUGGGUUACUUAUAAAUUGAUUGUACCAAAAAUGGACAGUUUGAGAACGAAAAAGAGAAUUGCAUUGGACUGCGAAAUGGUCGAUGUUGGUACUAAUCUCCGCAGAGACAUCGUAGCUAGAGUGUCGUUAGUGGAUGAACAUUUGCAAUGCGUUUACGACAAAUAUGUGAAACCAACGAAAACGGUUACAGACUAUCGGACCGCUAUUACUGGUAUCACGAAGCUCAAGUUAGAACGAGAAGGGAUCGAUUUUAACAUUGUACAAAGAGAUGUGAAGAGAUUAAUAGCUGGUUGUGUGGUAGUUGGCCACUCUCUAGACUACGAUUUUAAAGUUCUGAACUUGGAUCACCCCGAUGAAGACGUGAUAGACACAUCCAGAAUAGAUCCGUUUAAGUCUCUAACAAAUAAAGGGCACACGCCGGGUCUCAAAUUUUUAGCUCAGAGGUUUUUAAAUGUCAAUAUACAACAGGGUCAACAUAGCUCCAUCACCGAUGCCAAAGUUGCCAUGAAACUGAGUUUAAUGGCUAUCCCCAAGCGGCAAUAGUUAUCCCCGAACAUCGACAAUGUCCCCAAAAGUUCGAUAGCUGUUCCCGAAGUUCGAUAGCUGUCCCCGAAGUUCGAUAGCUGUCCCCGAAGUUCGAUAGCUGUCCCUGAAGUUCGAUAGCUAUCCCCAAACGUCGGCUGUAUCCAAGCGGUGAUAGACUGAGGGCGGCGUCGCGUUUAGGGUCCGUGGGGCCCUAAGCUACAUCUGUGAUGGGGCACCUAGUUUACGUUUAAAAUAAAUUAUUAUAUUUCAAAAUAUUUACAUUAGAAUUACAAAUUGAUUUUUUGUUAUUAAAUUUUUAAUAAUUUGUGUGUAACAUUGAUAGAAAAUUGAGUUCCCACUUUUCCAUUUAUUUAAUUUUUUAAUCAACUCUUUCCAUUUGUGGCAAGAGUCCAUUUAUGAGGGGGCCGGGGCGUUCUUUGUGGUUGAAGAACUUAGGCUAUGUGAAGAUGGAAGAUCUAUGAAGAUGGAAUCAGACAUGAGCCUACCAUGAAAAAUUUUCCGAAAUUUCGGGGACGAACGAGACAGAAAUUUUAAGUUAAAAUUACGCAAUGUUUAACAGUAUGUUUAAAAUUAUUAAAAAUGUUAAAAUAUCGUUCCUCUGGACUAUUAGGAUAGGAUUUAUGAUGAACGAAAUGUUAAGCUCCAUUUACUGGCUCGAUUUUGGUACGAACAAGAAUACGAAUUUGAACCGGAAAAUUCGGAAUUUCAUUCCAUGGUAGACCACCAGGUCAGUUGGCCCCUCGUGAUACUGAUGAUUGGGGAACCGCGUGGAAUUGUAAGGGUGUAUUGCUAAUAAUGGGUCAGUUAGACUCCAGUUAGUUAGAGUAACAAUUUUUAAUUAAUUAAUUAAAUAAAUUGUAACAUUUCAUUUAUAAUUUUAAUCUAAUAAAACAUUAUAACGUCCAAUAUUA